AUGGACGGCACGCAAUCGGCGAUAUCCUCUACCUGCACCAACAUAAGCAUCGCCGUCUCUCUCAGGGUUGCUGAACCGCCCGCUGUGUCCCGUCUCUACCUCCACUGGCCCGAGCGAUUCAUGACGGCGUCGUUGAGCCAGGUGAGUCAGCCGUUCAUCAUCGCGGCUCACGGCCGCUCCAUACUUUUCCAGGCGCAGGCCCCCUUCGUUGGAGAUAGCUGUCCGGCAUUCUACUAUUACCCCAUGGACUAUUUCCUCUACACAGCCUCUGACUCAGAGAAGUCUCCUUGUCUCAUGCGACUCCCGCCUUGCUUCGAUGGUGGGGACAAGAACCCGGACGUGGAUUUGUACUUCCACCCGUACCGUCUCCAGCAGCUGCGAUCUAUGUGGCGUGAUGACAUUGGCCUCCUUUGCCGUGGCAAGGGGGAGUUCGUGGUGGCGCAGCUCACAUUUGGCGGCCAGCUCUGCGUGCUACACCAUAAACCUGGGGAGGAGCAGGGCGACAUGAAUUGGAGCGUCGAAAAUAUGCCCUUACCUGACGGCGAUGACAUCCCAAACCUGCUGUGUGGUUCGUGGCAAACGGACGCCGUCGUCCCCUAUGGUGAUUGUUACCUGUGCUGGGCGGAUUGCUACCUGGGCUUGCUUUUUGUCGGUGUCAUUGACAAGCGGACGAAGCCCCCGUGCUACGUCCCCUUACCUGAUGGUCUGGAUUCCAAUCGUUUGUGCAUUGACCCAGGGUAUCCUGACCCGGCCCGUCGUGUCUGUGUCUCUGAGUCCAGCAUGAUUAACCUCAUAUGUGUUGGUGAUCAUGCUGGCUGCAGUGUGUGUGCCAGUUCUUAUUCUGCUUUCACUAUCACAGUAUGGACUUUGACCAACUUAAGGGAAAAGAAAUGGAUGAAAUGUUUCACCAUGGAAGACAGCAAGUUCUGGGCUGCUCUUGAUUUUGACAAGCGUCUUCCGCAUGUGCUACCAGAGUUCCCUACCAUCAGCUUGGUUAAGCCUGAUGUUGUUUACUUCCGGUUGAAUGGUGGUAAUAAACUUUUCUGGCUGAUUGAGAUUGACAUGAAGAAGGAAGUGCUGGGGUCAACCAGUCUCUACAUCUUUGAAGAAGAAGAAGAAGAGAAAUGCUCCAUUGACAUGGCCCACUGGAGAUCAUUUCCUGGUUACUCCUUUGUUCCCAGCCCGUUCACCCGAUACUUGGACCAGCAUGCCAUCAGAAGUCUGGAACUCAGCGAGAAGUUACAGAAUAUAAGACUUGAGCAAGCUAAAGAAAAGAUAUUUGUUGAAGAGUGA